CGAAAUUUGAACCACCCCGCGGCGCCGCCUCCUUUCUGGUACAUAGGCCGCGGAGAAGUUCUUCUUCCUCAGUCCCCUCUUCCCCCGAACCAACCCAACACCCAACCCAACCCAAGCGAGAGAAGAUAAGAGAGAAAUCUCCAAUCCAUUCCUCCAUCGUCGUCGUCGUCGUCGUCGUCAGAACUCGGAAGGAAGCAGAUCGAUGGCGUCCCCUCCGCCCUUCGACAUCUGCGGCGACCUGGACGACGACCCCACCCCUCCUGCGCCGACGCCGCUCGCCGCUCCGACACCCAACGGCCUCAACGAUCGCCUCCUCCGCCUCACCCGCACGCACCAACGGGGCCCCUCCCAAAACCCAAACCCUAACCCUAACCCUAACCCUAAACCCCCUCCGCCGCCGCCUCCUCAAGAGCCCGAACCCGCCAAGGUCAAGCUGGCCGGCCGCCGCCGCCUCUGCAAGCUCUCUACCGCCGGCGAUGAGUCCGCCGGAGACGACGACAGCAUCCGCGACAUACUGGACGAUCUCACCACCCGCCUCGACUCCCUGUCAGUCGACAGGCCCACCGCAAGGCCCAGACCCCACGUGUCCCCACUUCCCUGCGCCCUCCAUGCCGACCCCGACCCCUCUCAGUCUCAGCUUAAUGAUGGGACCAAACCCUCUUCAUCCUUUGUGGACUGUGAUGACGACGACGAUGAUGCGGGAGGUGCCUACGGUGGUUUUGGUGUUAAAGAGGAGGUCACCAGGAAGGUGUUCAAGGCCUCUUCUUCUUUUGGGGGCCGCGGCAACGAUGAUAAGAUGAAAGCCAAAGGAGCUUAUGCCUUUGAUACGGUGUCAAGGAAAACCACAACCGAAUCCAAGGCCUCAAAAUUUUUUGGGGACUAUGACGAUGAAGACGACAUCGACCAAGAUGCAGAGAAUGGGAAGGAAAACCAUGCUGAUGAUGUUGGUUGGGAGAAGACAGAGGACUUCAAGAUGGAGCCCACUGGGACAGGUGUAACGCGCAAGCCCUACAAUCUCCCAGGAAGGAUAUUCAACAUGCUUUACCCCCACCAGCGUGAGGGUCUCAGGUGGCUUUGGGUUCUGCAUUGUAGGGGAACUGGAGGGAUCCUUGGAGAUGACAUGGGCCUUGGCAAGACCAUGCAGGUUUCUGCAUUCCUGGCUGGAUUGUUCCAUUCCCGUUUAAUCAAGAGAGUGUUAGUUGUAGCUCCAAAGACGCUUCUGACUCAUUGGACCAAGGAACUUUCAGUUGUGAGCCUCAAAGAUAAGAUCAGAGACUACUCUGGUCCCAAUGCAAAUGCUCGCAACUAUGAGCUUAAAUAUGCCUUCAAGGAGGGUGGAAUCCUUUUAACAACAUAUGACAUUGUUCGAAACAAUUUCAAGAUGAUAAAAGGCAACUUCACCAAUGAUUUUGAUGACGAGGAAGAAACAUUAUGGAACUAUGUUAUUCUUGAUGAGGGGCAUAUUAUCAAGAAUCCAAAGACUCAGAGGGCUCAAAGUCUAUUUGAAAUACCCUGUGCACAUCGUAUUGUCAUCAGUGGAACACCCAUACAAAAUAACUUGAAGGAAAUGUGGGCUCUGUUUUAUUUCUGUUGCCCAGAAGUCUUGGGUGAUAAGGAGCAGUUCAAAGCAAGGUAUGAGCACGCUAUCAUUCAAGGAAAUGACAAGAAUGCUACCAAUCGACAAAAGCACAUAGGCUCAAAUGUAGCAAAGGAAUUAAGAGAACGGAUAAAGCCAUACUUUUUGCGACGCAUGAAGAAUGAAGUGUUUCUUGAUAGCGGCACGGGAGAAGAUAAAAAGCUUGCUAAGAAGAAUGAGCUAAUUAUCUGGCUGAAAUUAACAUCUUGCCAGAGGCAAUUAUAUGAAGCUUUUCUUAACAGUGAACUAGUUCAUUCAUCAAUGCAAGGGUCACCCUUGGCCGCAAUCACGAUAUUGAAGAAAAUAUGUGAUCAUCCGCUGUUGUUGACUAAGAAAGCUGCUGAGGGUGUUUUGGAAGGCAUGGAUGCGAUGUUAAAUAAUCAAGAAAUGGGAAUGGUUGAGAAAAUGGCCAUGAACCUUGCAGAUAUGGCUCAUGAUGAUGAUGACGUUGAAUUGCAAGUUGGUCAGGAUGUCUCGUGCAAGUUAUCUUUUAUGAUGUCCUUGCUCCAAAAUCUUGUUAGCGAGGGACACAACGUCUUAAUCUUCUCGCAAACUCGUAAAAUGCUAAACAUUAUUCAGGAGGCUAUAAUAUUAGAAGGCUAUAAGUUUUUGCGCAUUGAUGGUACCACCAAGAUUUCUGAGAGGGAAAGGAUUGUGAAGGACUUCCAAGAGGGUCCUGGAGCUCCAAUAUUUUUGCUGACCACACAAGUUGGUGGGCUUGGACUUACACUCACCAAGGCAGCUCGUGUCAUAGUAGUUGAUCCUGCUUGGAAUCCAAGUACGGACAAUCAAAGUGUUGAUCGUGCUUAUCGAAUUGGGCAGAUGAAAGAUGUCAUCGUAUACCGCCUUAUGACAUCUGGAACCAUCGAAGAAAAGAUAUACAAAUUGCAGGUCUUCAAGGGGGCUCUGUUUAGGACAGCUACAGAGCACAAAGAACAAACUCGUUAUUUCAGCAAGAGGGAUAUUCAAGAGCUUUUCAGUCUGCCUGAGCAAGGUUUUGAUGUUUCGCUGACACAAAAGCAAUUGCAAGAAGAGCAUGGACAACAACUUGUGAUGGACGACUCCUUGAGGAAGCAUAUACAAUUCCUGGAGCAACAAGGCAUAGCGGGCGUGAGCCAUCACAGCCUUCUGUUUUCUAAGACAGCAAUCUUACCUACACUGAAUGAUAAUGAUGGUUUGGACAGCAGUCGUCGAGCUAUGCCAAUGGCCAAGCACUACUACAAGGGAGCCUCAUCUGACUAUGUUGCCAAUGGUGCUGCCUAUGCGAUGAAGCCAAAAGAGUUCAUUGCUCGAACAUACUCCCCGAACAGCACAAGCACAGAAAGUCCUGAGGAAAUCAAGGCCAAAAUCAACCGGCUUUCGCAAACCCUUGCAAACACGGUGCUUGUGGCGAAGCUACCAGAUCGUGGAGACAAGAUAAGGAGGCAGAUAAAUGAGCUGGACGAAAAGCUGACCGUGAUCGAGUCUUCUCCGGAGCCAUUGGAGAGGAAGGGUCCAACGGAAGUAAUCUGCUUGGAUGAUCUGUCUGUCUAGUGUAGGGCAUGUCUGUUUCUUUUGCUUAAAUUCCAUGCUUGCAUGCUAGUAGUCACUAAGGCGUGACAUUUUGCAUGCUACUUGUACUAAUUGUGACGACCACGGAACGGAACACAUGCUGAUCUCGGGUGCCUCUUAGGCUUGUGUCUGAGAGGAGAAAAAGAGAAUAUUGACCAAAAGGAUGUUAGUUAUUACUCCCUCCGUCCUUAAAUAUAAAGGAUUUUGGUGAGAUGUGAUAUAUUCUAGUGCUGUCCAAAUUCAUUGUAUAAAGAUGUGUUGCAUCA